CUGUAUCUUGGGAACGUCUAGGACAACAUUGAAUACUGAACGUUGAACAUUGACCUCCAGCGUAUGUCGCUACGAAAGUGCUGAUUCGUUGUAACUACUUAAGUCGAUGCUUUCUUCCGGUACGACCGGUCCCGCUCAACGCUCGAAGCUUGGGCUGUGUUGCCAUCUCUGAGCGCUGAAUUCUCAUGGGUUCGUCUCUGUGUUUGAAUGUUCAACGGUUUAGGGUUCGUUGUUCUCGCCUUAUACGGGCCAUACUUCAUUUUCAUUUCAGACAUACAUUUCGUGUCAAUGUGCUUUGAUCUUUCAUAUGAUUCCAGGUCACCACCAGCUCUAGUUAUCACCUGGUACGUAUGGAGAACGCUGUUAGCUUCUCCUUGAUGUCGAAGGUGAGCCGUUUCAUAGCCGUUCGACCGGCAGAUUCAGUUCUUGUAAUGGACUACCUUCGUCUCGCGCCACAGCCAGCCAUGUAUGCACUUGACGACGAUUGACGUUUGGUAUUGAUCUUUCCAUCUUUAGGACAAAGACAGAAAGUGAGGCCUCUACCGACGAUGGAAAUGUCCUGAAUUUGAGGACAUUUAUAGAUACGUGGCACACGCUGAGUCGCUGACAAUAGCUCCUUUGACAGAUCUAUGAGCAGGGUCGGCUGCGUUGCGACCAGCAAGCCUACCCUAAAUGCCAGUCACGUCGUUUGUCGCGAAUUGAUCCUACUUACAGCUUGCACCGUUUAGUAUACUGAUUUUUCAAAGUCUUUCGGAGACGAUAUGUAUAACUUGACUGGGUAGAGCCGGGUUUCAAUCACAGGGCUGUCGUCUAGUUCCUCACCGAGCCUGAGGCGAUGGCACCUCUCCCAGUUGGUACCUGUCCACCUAAGCGCGUGCCGUCAUGGACCUACAUCUCCCUUGUUCUUUCUCUCGACCUGGCUACUCCAUUCCCUUCCAUCUCUCAAUCCGGCAUAUUCCAGGCUUUUGUUCUUGAGUCGUACAAUAAGUCUCGAACUUCGUUGUGUGUGAUGGAACAUCGUCCACAUUCAGCUCCUCCUACUGCCUAUCUGCACGGCGUUCAUCUUCCUCGUAGUAGACGCGAUACGUACGAGUCCGAUUCUGAGGAUGGUUUUCCGGCUGUGCCGUCCAACCUGGUAAUGCAACGGACCUCCUCGGACGAAUGUCGUCGUAAUACUGUCUGUGACAGUCGUUGCACUCAAACACAUUAUCCCUUCCCCUGCGCUGGAAGCAGUACCACUCCCCAAUUUCCUUCAUUGGAAUUCCCAGAAAACCGUCCAGAACAUAUCGUGGCCUCUUCAUCGCCAUGUGUCUCCCAUGAAGGAUUUGCACCUGAGCCAUCUUCUCGGAAAUACGUCGUUUAUACGGAAACGUGUGCGAUUGUGAGUGAUCAACUUGGACCGCAGAAGAAUCCCGACCUUCCACCUAAUUGGAAGCUGUUCGUUCGUCUGGAUGGCAGUUUAUAUUUUUAUGAUCCAGCAAAACGACUGGUUACCAAAGAAAACAUGUACAGAGCUGGCAUACGUCACAGGGUGGAACGUAAGGCGCAAGAUCUCUUUAGAAAGCUCACAAGCAGUCGCACGCUCAUGCCGCUUGAUUGGGAACUUUGCAUCGAAUUCUUUGACCACAAGGACGAGCUAGAUCACCAUUAUAUUUCCCAUGAACAUGGUUUCCUAUUUCGACUAGGUCCCGACGCAUCCAAAGAAGCUUCGCAUAUGGAAAGAGUUCGCUAUUGGGAACACGUCGAGAGAUACUGCAUGCACUUGAAAUUGGUUCCUCCAUUUACGGAGGCAGAGCUCCUCAGUGAGCUUGCAUAUGGAGCUACAGAACGCAUCCUUGAGAACAAGGAAACCAUGUUUCAAUUCUCUGACUUGCAGGGGCGACGACUACUUGAAACAUAUCGUGAACUAAAAGAAGCCCAAAGUUCCGGGUGCAACGUAGUUCCGGCUUUAACAGGGCUAUUUGCACGCGUCAUGAAGCUUGUAGAAGAGAAUCGAAUUCGUUGCAAGUAUGGAACAUUCGACGCUCGCCCCUACCGUCCCUGUUCUGUUCCAGAGCCGACAACAUGGAUCAAGGUCUUGGAUGUGUUCUUGAUAUUCAUCUUUUUCGGAACUCAUCGUAUGUAUCGGACGCGGCUUCAAAGCACUCGUAUUAAGAAUAUUGUCUACCUUCCGGACUUCCGAGAGUUGCUGAGAAGCUUCUUAUUAGAAUGGGGAGACACGACUUUGUUGGCGACUGUCUUCGUUUCAGCCAAUGUCGCUUUUCUGGCUGUCCCCGGUUUAAACGGUCUACAGCGCACUGCUUCCCUAUGUUCUUCGCUGUUUGGUAUGAUUAGUAUUGUUGCCGGUGUACAUGCGGUUUGGAACCAUCGCUCUAAGGCAGAAGCCUCCCAAGAAGAAGCGGCCCAAUACAUGGAAUACACCGAAGGACUCGGCGACCAACUAGGUCACACUCUCCUGGCAUGUUUCUUAUGUUUACCAAUAGCGUCACUCCUCUGGUCUGUCCUGACCUUCACCUUUGCUGUUGCCAUGUACUGCAUCACCGCCUCCGACAUCCGUGAGCGGAUCGUACUAUAUUUCCUCCUUGGCGUAUCAGGCUUCCUUGGGUUGACAACGACAUCCUUUUUCUGGUUCAUUUGGAUAGGGUCUCCAUUUCAACGUACGUCUUUUAGAGCGCGGAAGAACGUGGCUGGUGGUGGGUUAUUAUACGGGCGAUUGAGGGAACAAUUCAGAACCACAGUGGUAGGGAGACAUCACGGAGGUUAUGCAGUCUGAUCGACGUCGAUGCCCUUGAAUGGGCGUACACAUAUUACUAUGGAUGGAAUAUAUCAUCGGUAUUUUAUGAGGUCAGAUGAGAGGCGAGUAGAAGCGAGAUAACAUAACAUCACGAGAGCAAAUGCACAGCAGGCGUAAGUAUACUGAAUACAUCAGCUUCGAUUAC